AUGGGCUGGACCAUGACCAUGAUCCUCAGUUCCACUCGCACCCUCCAAAAGGAGCAACUGGAGGUACUAGAAGUCAUCUCGAUGAACAUGCGCACAGCCAACGACACUCUGACGGCACUCAAGUCAACAGUCGCGACCACGGAGAGGAGCGUGGCCAUCUUAGAGACACAGGCGAGGCAGCUCGAUGUCCUUUUGCAGAAAAUGGGUGUGAAGGGGGGGAAGAGGCCUUGGAUGUCUGGUCUUGCUAGACAUGGACUUACAGGUGAUUGUCAUGGAAGUGAAAGGCAACAGGGACCGGAGCAGGAGGCUUCCGGAGGGCCUCCCCCACAGCCGCUUAGGGUGGCUCUUGGUUUGGAUGGAGAUAGUACCUCUACCUCUACAUGCGAGAGCGGAGGUCGGAGAGGUGGUAUUGCAGGAGGAUCUGGAGAUUCCAGCGCAGCUGGCGCAUAG